GCGAUCGUUGUCAUCAUCACUCGCGCGUCUAGCAAAGUUCUCACCUUUAUUGGCUCCCUGCAGGUGCGAUUCAUGUAAAAACCCAAACGAUCCACGACAAAAGCCGUUGUGAACAUGUGUUACGCAUAACGUUGUUUUAUUCCCUCUUCCUCCUUUUAAAUGAGUUAGAAAGGACGACGCUUGAAAAGUUUCUGGGUGCUGUUCUUUCCUCUCCCAAGAAAUUCCUUUGCGGGAAGGGGGGGCUGUUUCGAUGAUCCCCUGAGCCAUGUGGGUUUCUCUCCGCAUCAGCUGCAAGGGGGAGGGAACAAGAAACGGAGAGCUCACUCGUACCUGACUCAGGGUGUUGAUUGGGGUGCGAGAUAUGCCAAAACCAGGAUAUCGUGAGAUGAAGGAAUGAGAAACAAGAGAAGGUUUCUGUCUCAUCGUGGGGUUCCUUAGGAGUUGUCAUUACCUCAUUCUGAGCUGGGACUGCUGGAUGCGAAUUACCCUACUUUGUGGGGUUGAAAGCGCGAUUGUCGUCUUGUGUUCGAUGGGAAGGAGAGGGAAAUCCAUAUCGCCGAGCAGAAGAGGUUAAGGACAGAGAUUUUGCGCGAUUAAAUAGGCAUGGAGGCACCAGCUGGGCAGCCAAGCCAGCCCCGGAAGAAGAUGACCAAACAGUUGACAGGGAAGCGGGACGACACGCCCCUGCAUUCCGCGGCGAGAGCGGGCAAUCUGGCUGUGAUAAUGGAAAUCAUUUCUAAAGCCAGUGAGGCAGAAGCAGAGUUGAAGGAAUUGCUGGAGAAGCAAAACCAAGCUGGAGAAACUGCCCUUUACGUUGCAGCCGAAUAUGGCUACGUCGACCUUGUGAGGGAGAUGAUCGAGCACUAUGAUCUAGCCGAUGCAGGAAUCAAGGCAAGAAAUGGCUUUGAUGCGCUACACAUUGCGGCCAAACAAGGGGAUUUGGAAAUACUAAAGGUACUCUUGGAGGUGCAUCCGGAACUGGCGAUGACGGUGGAUGUGUCGAACACAACAGCGCUUCACACAGCUGCGACGCAAGGCCAUAUCGAUGUCGUGAAUGUGUUGUUGGAGUCCGGAAGUGGGUUGGCAACAAUAGCGAGAAGUAAUGGGAAAACAGCAUUGCAUUCAGCCGCCAGAAAUGGGCAUUUGGAGGUGAUAAAGUCACUUCUUGAUAGAGAGCCUAGUAUUGUGACUCGUGUAGAUAAAAAGGGGCAGACAGCAUUGCACAUGGCUGUUAAGGGUCAGCGUGUUGAAGUGGUGGAUGUGUUGAUAAGAGCAGAUCCAUCCUUAAUCAACAUGGUAGAUACAAAGGGCAACACCUCAUUGCACAUAGCGACCCGGAAGGGCAGAGAUCAGAUUGUUCGGUUGCUGCUCGGUUGCAGUGAGACUAGCACAGGAAUGAUCAACCGGUCUGGCGAGACCUCCCUUGAUACAGCAGAAAAAAUGGGUCACUCCAACAUCGCGACCAUUCUCCGGGAGCACGGCGUGCAGAGUGCCAAGGCCCUCCAGCCACAAGCAACCAGUGCUGCCCGUGAGCUGAAACAAACUGUGAGCGACAUAAAGCAUGAAGUCCACUACCAGCUCGAGCACACCCGCCAAACAAGAAAACGAGUCCAGGGCAUCGCCAAGCGCAUCAAUAAAAUGCACGCUGAAGGCCUCAACAAUGCCAUCAACUCCACAACUGUGGUGGCUGUCCUCAUUGCCACUGUCGCUUUUGCAGCCAUCUUCACCGUCCCAGGCCAAUACGUGGAUGACCCUACUGAUAUUCCACCGGGCCUUUCUCUCGGGGAAGCGAAUAUUGCCCCACAAGUUCCGUUUGUGAUUUUCUUUAUUUUUGACUCGGUUGCUCUCUUCAUAUCCCUGGCUGUGGUGGUGGUCCAAACGUCGGUCGUGGUCAUCGAGAGCAAAGCGAAGAAGCAGAUGAUGGCGAUCAUUAACAAGUUAAUGUGGCUGGCCUGCGUGAUGGUCUCGGUGGCAUUCUUGGCACUCUCAUUUGUGGUGGUCGGUCAGAAAGAAAGGUGGUUGGCAAUAGGGGUGACCAUCAUAGGGACAACCAUUAUGGCCACAACUCUCGGCACGAUGAUUUAUUGGGUCAUAAGGCAUCGGAUCGAGGCCUCCAACAUGAGGAACAUAAGGAGGUCUUCAUUGGGAAGUAGGUCAAGGUCUUGGUCGGUUUCAGUGAUGUCGGAUUCGGAGAUCAUCACCAAUGAAUAUAAGAAGAUGUAUGCGAUAUAAAUAAAUUACAUCAGAUGGAAAAGAAAGCCCGAGAUCUUCUCAGCUCGGGAGGAUAGCGCAUCUCUUUCCUUCGGAAUCCUUUACGAUGUACAUGUGAUGGAGGUUGAGAGUCUUUGCUCUGAUUCGCUCCAGAAAGUUUUGGCUGUCAACAUAAAUAUCUACCAAAUGCAAGUGUUCAGCUUAAUGGGAUCCAGGAGGCAUCCUGUUCUCCUGAGAUGUAAAGUUUUGUGUUUCAGUGUACAUAAUUGCUGUUGCACAACUCUCUGGAUUCAGCAUCUAUGGCUGUUAAUGGAUCUUGCAUUUAGAAGAGAACUGCUUCUAAGCAAUUACUGCUUAUUUACUAUUA